GCCGUUGCGGGGCGCGGCAGGAGCGGGGCCGGGGCGGAGCGGAUCACGGAGCGGCGGCGGCGGCGGCUCGGCCAUGGGGAACCUCUUCGGGCGGAAGCGGCGGAGCCGCGUCACGGAGCAGGACAAGGCGGUGCUGCAACUGAAGCAGCAGCGGGACAAGCUGAAGCAGUACCAGAAGCGGAUAAACGCGAACCUGGAGCGGGAGCGAGCGCUCGCCCGGCAGCUGCUGAAGGACGGCAAGAAAGAGAAAGCCAUGCUCUUGCUGAAGAAGAAGCGUUACCAAGAGCAACUUCUAGAUAGAACGGAAAACCAAAUCAGCAACUUGGAGCGGAUGGUCCAGGAUAUUGAAUUCACCCAGAUCGAAAUGAAGGUCAUCGAGGGCCUGAAAAUAGGCAAUGAAUGUCUGCACAAGAUGCACCAGGUUAUGUCAAUAGAAGAAGUAGAAAGAAUAAUAGGUGAAACCCAGGAUGCUGUGGAGUACCAGAGGCAAAUAGAUGAGAUACUGGCUGGCAGCCUGACAGAGGAGGAUGAAGAUGCCAUUCUAGAAGAAUUAAAUGCUAUUACUCAGGAACAGAUGGAGCUUCCAGAAGUUCCUUCUGAGCCACUUCCAGAGAAGAUCCCAGAAGCAUCAUCCAUCAAGAACAGGCCAAAGCCAGAGCUGGUGGCAGCAUCGUAACUCCUGCUGCUGGGGAUUCCCCCACAUACCUUUCCCCGGGGACAGUUUGCCAUCCCAGCAUGUGCUGGGAACAAGCAAUGCCUCGGCAGCACCCAGCUGUGCUGGGCAGAUGUGGAGCAGGAUUCCCUGUGCGGGGAGGGGAACCUCAGCUCAUCAUUGCUCUUGUAUCAAGAUUAUUUUCUAGUGCUUUCUGUUUUUGUAACUCAAACCCUGAAGUCACUCAGCUGCGCCGUCACGGGGUUAAACAGCAGCUCCUCAACUUGGGAAGCCACCUGCUUUCUCUAGGUCUGAUCUCAGUGAAGAACCUGCCUUUGCUCUGACUGAAUCCCCAGGAGAUGCCACCCUUGGAGCGAUGGAGUGUUUGAAAUGGCUGGGCAAGAACAAACUGCUGCCCUCGGAGCCCCUCAGACCACGCUGUGUCUGCUCUGCCCUCAGUCCUUCGCUUUCCUUCUUCUGAUCCUGUUUGUGGAGCAGCUGCUGGUGUCCCUUGUGCUCGUGCAGAUCCAACUGGCUGGGGUGUAUGAGGCUCUGGAGGGGCACAGGCAGCCUGGAAGGAGGCAGCGAGCCUGAGCUUCCGCAGGCAGUGACACUUCAUGCUGCGGGUUGGAACCGGUUCUGUGUAAAGCCA